AUGACCGAUUACCUGUCGGAUCCUUCAUCGGAACAUCCUCCAAGCUCUUCUCUACAAUCUAAAAGAGGGUCCCAGAUAUACCAGCAGCACACAGCCAUUCUCCAAAAGCUAGAAACAUUGAAGGAAAUUGUUGAAAAGUCAAAGGGACGUGAUGAAAGACACAACAUCUUUGAGCGGAGCCAAUUCUAUGGCGUCCUUCUUGGAUUACUACCUGACAUUCUUUUGUUGAUAGAAGAUGGUUGGUCUCAGAUCAGACCGAUCCCACAGAAUGCUAUGUUCCGGAGCACCUUCGAAGGCAUUCGCGACCUCCGUUUGCGAUGGGCGCUUUGGCAGGAAGACGCCUUUCAGCUUGAAACCGAAGCUGGCAGCUGGGCAAGUACAGUAGAGUUCAAACGCUCCACGUUGUGCGAAGUUGUACUACAUAAAUUGAGUGAUAUACGACAUGGGCUGAAAGCGGUCACCUCAGAGCUUUCCUUGAAUUGUUGCAGGUUACAGUUCGUUCUCCCAUUACAUUUCUUAGCUGUGCAGGAUUCGACAGUAAAGGUGGACACGUACCUGCCGCCUGAUUCCUCGUCGAUUGCAAAAUAUGUCGGGGACAUGUCUCCCGCCAUUACAGAUCUGUUUGACAUUCUCCCUGUGCUGAAAGAAUAUGAUUCUGCUAGCUCCGAUAGUGAGCUUGCCACGUUCCGUGCUCACCUGCUUUCGAUCAAACAGUCAAUCCUUCAAGACUCGGCGAAAGUGGAACGCAAGAGCGUGCAGCAACAGUCUAUUCCUCUCCGGGACAAGGACGAUUUUCCGGUUCGGGAGCAUAAUGACCGUCGUUCCUGCGAGCCUCCAUUGGUUUUUCAGAAACCACUAGAGGAGUCAAUGCUCGAAGAUCUGGAAGCCUGUCUCCGGAUCCUCGACAACAUACACGGGUUGAGGAUGGAUAGCGAUGAGGAGUCUUCCGUUGCGAUAGCGGGGCAGCGUUCUGUCGCUACAGCGGAGGAUGGACAAACGCACAGAGAUGUAGAAAGGCUCUAUGAGCACUAUACCUUCACGCCGCGCGAGAAUUGGCGGGUGGCAAGUAGGGUGAAGAUUCCUGAGUCACAAGAAGAAUCACGGGCUGUGGUUGCUGAGGGCAAUCAAAACACCUCAGUGGUUGAAAUCAUGAAGAACAUGAGCCCAGUUUGCCGAGCUCAGAUUGAUCGAUUAUUAGAUGAGAAGAAUCUUGCGGAAAGCCGAGCUCGGAUUAAUCGAUUAUCAGAUGAGAAGAAUCUUGCGGAAAGGAGCAAAUUUUAUCUCUGGUACUGCGUUUUCAUCAACCCUCCUGCGCCAAGGGAUAUGUAUGUCGACGUUGAGCGAAUCCAACAAUACAUGCACCUGGAAGUCAUUAUUGCUCGGGAUAUACUACCUGAGCCUAUUUCCCCAGAAAGUAGCAAGCCAUUCCUUGGAAAGAUCUCAGAUAUAAGCGCGCCACUCAAACCUAAGGAGAAUUCCAGAGGACGACAUGUCCCACGAAGAUACGAGCGACCGCUCGCUGAGAUUACAAGAAAUCCGCAGGGCAAUAAGGCUCUCAUCGAAGAAAUGAAGGACGGCUGGCUUCGCCCCCUCGAGAGACUUAAAGAAGAUUAUGAAGCCGACAAGUUCCACGGAAGAACAAGGGACAGCUCGCUUCAUCACUGGAAAUUACAAGAAAUCUGCAGGGACAUUGAGCCCCUCUUUGAAGAAAUGAGGGACCGUUCGCUUCACCAUCUUGAGGGAUUUGAAGAAAACUGUAGCGUCCGGAGAUUUGAAGAAAUCAUCAGGGACAAUGAGUCCCUCUUUGGAGAAAUGAGUGACCGCUUGCUUCGUCAUCUUAAGACAUUUGAAGAAAACUGUAAAGCCGGGGAGUUCUUCCCUAAAGAAACAAAGGAUCGCUACCUUCAUGUUCCAAGAUUUCGAGAAAUCUACGAGAUUCAUAGGGUUCUCUUUCCGAGCAUGUGCUACCACUUGCUUUAUAGUCUUAAGGGAUUUAUACAUACCUCUAAGGACGAUGAUUACCUCUUCCAACCAUUGAUCGACUCCUCGCUUCGCCGACUUGCAAAGAGAGUUGAAGAAACCCUUCCGAGCAACAAGCCACCCAUUGAAGAGCGGAAAAAUAUCAGCGAGCCCCCUCAAUCUAAGGAGACAUCCAUUGAAAGCGCCAUAUUUCAGAAGGUGAUUAAUGUCACAAACCAAGGUUUGCCGAUGCGGACGACGAAAACCACACAUUAUCGGGCUCACAAUAAUCCAUUCUUCUUCGAUGACAACGAUGUAGUUAUUUCCUAUGCUAAGGAUGAAAUCUAA